AUGAUCGAUGCGAGCAGCAUCAAUGACAACGACGGUGUGGUGUCAGACGACACGUUCAAUAUUGGUCGCGCGGCCACUCCAUCCUCAGAGCUCAUCGGCUGUCGGCAAAAGGCAUUGGCGGUGCUACUGCAUUUGCAAACCACGCGGACAGCAUAUGCGGACCUCACCAAGGGUACCAAAGCCUAUCAAGGACUACGUGGUUCACCAUUCCUUGUGGCACAAAAGACGCCUGAUCGCAAGUUCUCGAAGAGUAUGGACCGAGAGAAGAUGACAUGGCUAAACAUGCCCUUGUGCGGAUCCAAGAGCCAAGCAGACGGAGGGAGCGCUACUCCGCGCAUCACGCGCAUCACAGGAUGGACAAUAAGUCAUGCUUUGUCCAUGACAACUACCGCGUCAUGCACAAAGCUUGCCGCGAAUCGAUCGAGGGCCGAUACGUACGCAAUAUACAGAGAGCUGCAGUGCAUAACACUUAGACGACGAUUUAGCGGUUCAACCAGCGAGCAGACCUCUUCACGGGAAUGGCUUGAGGUCCUUUUGUCAGUACGCGCAGAAACGAGCGCUUCCCUUGGUCCUAAUAUGCCGCACCGGAGCAACGCAUUUUUGAAGACGCGUAACAGCCUGGAACGUAGUGAGCUAUGUCAAUUGGCCCGCAAUGCACUCGAACUCGAUGCUCAAUUCGCAGCAUGUUUGCUAGUUGCUGAAUACUCAUUCGCUAAUGUAUCACUGAGCGGUGUUUUGGACCACAUUCCACUCGCGGCCCACUAA